AACACGGAGACACAGCUGAGAGGGAGACGGGCAGAGGCAGGCAACACCUUCCUGCUGCACCACAUAUUUCUACUCCUGACGAUCUUCCUGCCACCUGAGGACAUGAGUGAGGGGCGCGACGGCGAGGAGGACGUGCUGGGGGACUGCUGGAUCACCUCAUGGGAGCAGCAGACGGUGCAGGAGCUUGAAGGAGAGGCAGACCACCAAGAACAUUUACAGGGCGAGGCGGACGCGGCUGCCGAGAAGCUUUGGUCUCUCUUCCAGGCAGCGGCGCAGUGUGUGGCCGUCAUGUACAAAGGUGCAGCCGACAGCCAGCAGUCCAUGUGGGUACCUUUCCAGACAGCGGCCGGCCACAUCACUGCCCUCUACAAAGAUGCAGUGGAGUGUGUGCGGCGGGGCGGAGAGGUGGGCAUGCAGGCCGGCUACCAGAGGAGGACCCGGGAGGUGCUCAACUGGGCCAGGCGCAGGAGGCACUUCCGCCGCGAGGAACUGCUGGCGUUCCUAGCUGGCAAGACACCCCCUCACAGACCCGCACAUAUUAGAGGGUCACCACGCACUCGCAUCUCCCUGGAACGUAUGAGUCCCCGCCUGCCCAGCCCCCACCACCCCCACCACCACAACCACAACCCAGAACCAGACCUCAGUACCUUCAGGGAAGCUCUCGGCAUACCAGGUCAGCCAGCAAUCACCAUGCGGCCCUCAGCUGUGGGGUCACCUGCCCUCUCCUCUCGCCGCCGCAGCUCAGCCCACCUGCCGGAACUCCAGGCCUUCCUGUGCGAUGAGUUUGCCCGCAACAAGAGGCCCGCCCCCUCCUCCUCCCCCACCCACGACGUCACCAUGGACUCGCCUCAGCACAAGCGUUCUCGUUAUACUUAAAAGCCUUGUCUCAGGUUUUUGUUUUUUCUCAUUUUUUUUUUCUUUCUUUUGUAAUUUCCCACCUUUGCUUUGUAUUUUUUACUAUUUUUUUUGUUUUUUUUUUGGCAGGUGUGUGUGUAUGUGUGUGUGUGUGUGUGUGUGUGUGU